ACGCAAUCUCCGGAGCCAACUCUUCUAUUUCACCAUUUACUCCACGUUGUCUUCAAUAAUUGAAAGCUGAAACUUGAAUCAACCUAAACGUACCUAUGUUUGUACACGUUGAUUACAUACAUACAUGAUGACACCUUCCUCCUCUUUCACUUCAUCUCUUGCCUCGAGUUUUUUUCUUGAAUUCCGGCGAUAUGGAACAUCGAAUCAAUGACCUUCAGAUUGAAUCUCAGGCCCAUGAGUCACUCGAUUUCCCAGUUUGUAUAAACCAGAUGUCCUCUAUAACCUACCAGUGUCCCAAUGACAAAACCGAAGAGCUCAACGUUGAGAACCCUAAGAAGAGGCCGUACAAUUGUCCCUAUUCCGGAUCCAAGUGUAAUGUCACAGGAGAUAUUCAGUGGCUGCUUCUGCAUCUAAGGAAUGAUCAUCAUGUUGAAAUGCAUGAUGGGCGUAGUUUCAGUCAUAGAUAUGUUCAUCAUAAUCCUAAACAUCUUCAUCAUGCGACUUGGAUGUUAACUCUUCUAGACUGUUUCGGUCGACAAUUCUGCUUAUACUUCGCAGCAUUUCACAUGAGAAAAACCCCAAUGUACAUAGCCUUCGUGCAGUUUAUGGGAGAUGAACAAGAAGCAAUGAGAUUCAGCUACACAUUGGAGGUCAGUGGCAAUGGCAGAAAGCUGGCAUGGCAAGGCGUGCCUAGAAGCUUACGUGAGAGUCACAAAACGGUUCGUGAUAGUCAAGACGGCUUAAUCAUCACUCGGAAGUUAGCUUUGAUCAUCUCUACCGACAACAACAACAGCAAGGAACUGAAGUUGAAGAUAUCAGGUCGUGUAUGGAGAGAACAAUGAAGAAUACGUAAAGCCUACUUUGUUGUGAAUUCGAUAAUUCGGUUACACUACUGGACAACCAAAGAAGUUGUUAUAUAAUUGGUAACAA